CAAGGCCAAUGGUUCUCCGGGCAGCCUUUCCCAGAAAAGUCACCUCGAGAACCUUUUAAAAGUCCCUGCUUCCCAAGGCACCUCCAGGGACUCCCGACUGCCUCCUCCUCUUAUCCUUUUCCUCCUUGCGAAAGUCCCAUUCGCUAUCCUGGGGAUUGUACCAAGUGAGAGCGAGUAGGGGGGGGCAGUGGUGACCGGUCCGCCGGUCACCAGCUGCUGCCCGCUCGCCGGCAGUUUCCUAGCUAGACCGUAACUGAGUACCAAGCCGCCUCUCCCGUCCUCCCUGGAGCCGACCCAGGGCUGGCGCCACAUUCCCUGGUGGGCGCGCAAUGGCCGCGCCGCCUCCCGCGGCGGACGGGUCUUUGGUACGUGCGGUCCGAGGUCGCCAUGGAUCGGAUGAAGAAGAUCAAACGGCAGCUGUCAAUGACACUCCGAGGGGGCCGAAGUGUAGACAAGACCAACAGUGCCCCUGAACAGAUAGGCCUGGACGAGAGUGGCGUUGGUGGUAGCAGUGACCUUGGAGAGGCCCCCACCCGCGCUGUGCCAGGGGAACCUUGCUCUGGGCGGGGACUACUCAGCUCUGCACCAGAGAUUGUACACGAGGACUUGAAGAUGGGGUCUGACUUGAAGAUGGGGUCUGAUGGGGAAAGUGACCAGGCUUCAGCCACAUCCUCAGAUGAGGUGCAGUCACCAGUGAGGGUGCGCAUGCGCAACCAUCCUCCUCGCAAGAUCUCCACUGAGGACAUCAACAAGCGCCUCUCACUACCAGCGGACAUCCGGCUGCCCGAGGGCUACCUUGAGAAGCUGACCCUCAAUAGCCCCAUCUUUGACAAGCCCCUCAGCCGCCGCCUCCGCCGUGUCAGCUUGUCUGAGAUUGGUUUUGGGAAACUGGAGACCUAUAUCAAGCUGGACAAGCUGGGCGAGGGUACCUAUGCCACCGUUUACAAAGGCAAAAGCAAGCUCACAGAUAACCUUGUGGCACUCAAGGAGAUCAGACUGGAACAUGAAGAGGGAGCACCCUGCACCGCCAUCCGAGAAGUGUCCCUGCUGAAGGACCUCAAACAUGCCAACAUCGUCACGCUACAUGACAUUAUCCACACGGAGAAGUCCCUCACCCUUGUCUUUGAGUACCUGGACAAGGACCUGAAGCAGUACCUGGAUGACUGUGGGAACAUCAUCAACAUGCACAACGUGAAACUGUUCCUGUUCCAGCUGCUCCGUGGCCUGGCCUACUGCCACCGGCAGAAGGUGCUACACCGAGACCUCAAGCCCCAGAACUUACUCAUCAACGAGAGAGGAGAGCUCAAACUGGCUGAUUUUGGUCUGGCCCGGGCCAAGUCAAUUCCAACGAAGACCUACUCCAAUGAGGUGGUGACCCUGUGGUACCGGCCCCCCGACAUCCUGCUCGGGUCCACAGACUACUCCACCCAGAUUGACAUGUGGGGCGUGGGCUGCAUAUUCUACGAGAUGGCCACAGGCCGCCCCCUCUUCCCAGGCUCCACGGUGGAGGAGCAGCUACACUUCAUCUUCCGCAUCUUGGGAACCCCAACGGAGGAGACAUGGCCGGGCAUCCAAUCCAAUGAAGAGUUCAAGACACACAACUACCCCAAGUACCGUGCCGAGGCCCUUUUGAGCCAUGCACCACGGUCCCCUUGUCCUUGUGGUAGACUUGAUAGCGAUGGGGCUGAUCUCCUCACCAAGCUGCUGCAGUUUGAAGGUCGCAAUCGCAUCUCUGCAGACGACGCCAUGAAACACCCAUUCUUCCUCAGUCUGGGGGAGCGGAUCCACAAACUUCCUGACACUACUUCCAUAUUUGCACUAAAGGAGAUCCAGCUACAAAAGGAGGCCAACCUUCGCUCUUCGUCGAUGCCUGACUCAGGCAGGCCAGCUUUCCGUGUGGUGGACACCGAGUUCUAAGCCACAGACCCAGGCCCCAGCAGGCAGCAGCUGGAGGGAUGCCACACCCCUCACAGGGCAGCCCCCAACUGCAUCCUCCCUGCUUGCUGCCUGCCUACCUGCCUGAUCAUGCUCGCCUGCCCACGUGUUCCCUGCUGCCUGUCCAAACAUCCAUUGGCCUGUCUGCUGGGUGCUAACAAAGCUCUCAUCGCUCCUUCA